AAAGAGCCAAGGUCAAAUAGUUAUUACGAUUUCUCUUUCAGUUUUCACCAUUUUCAAUAGUCUCUUGACAAUAACAAUGGCCGACACCCCAAUAACAACAGAAACGGCACUGUUUCCUACGGAAUUGCCAAGCACACCACCUACUACCGUACAGGAGCCGAGCAAGCCGGCGGUGCUCCCGGAGGUAACCACAGGCACGUCCGAGCGAUACAUCCAAGGUCUUGCAAGCGCCGCAUCGCGGGCCUCGGCUACAGACCCCCUAAUAGUCAUGUUCCAAGGGGAGAAACUACAUCCAGGCCAGACAACUAAGGAUGUCGAUCUCGCCGCCAUGCAGCGCAUCGUAUACGAUUCAGCUAUCACAUGGCUUACGACAAAGCUGGCUGUGGGCGGGUUUGUAGUAGAAGCUGGUGGCUUUGCAGCAGUAGCGUGCUGGGAGCCGGCGCGAGCGGGCGACCCUCACUACGUAGAUGUGUCGACGGCGGCAGCAGCGUCGGGGGAAAGACCGCUAUUUAAGGCGUUUUUGGAUGGAGUUGCGGAGCUGAUGCGUGAGCAUUUAUAUCCUAUUGCGGAGCGUGUGAGUGCUGGCCGAUAUUGGAAGUUAAGCCUUAUGGCGAGGGAUCCGGCGGUGGAGUAUGUACCAGGCGCUGUUCGGGCGGUGCUGGUCCCCUUCAUGGAGAGAUUCACUUCAGACCAAAACGAAGGCGGCGCCAUGCCUGUGUGGCUAGAGGCUGGCAGCGAACGGGCUCGUGAUAUCUACGCCCAUUUCGGCUUCCGUGAGGUGGGUGAGAUAGUUACGGGAGGAGUUAAGACUUGGGGCAUGAUAUAUACGGGAAACAUCAAUAUUGAGAAGAUAGAUACUAAGGGCAGUUUCUAGUCUUGCUCAACCUUAGCUUCAUGGAGCUGCAUUCUAUAGGCACAAUCACAUAUAUGUACAAGUACUAGACCUUAUCACGAGGUAGACAUAGAAGACAUGGAAAC